UGCAGCAGCAGUGUGUGUUCCCAUCACCAAGAGAGAGCGCGACGUUGAACGGAAAGCAACAUCACCGCCUUUUCUACCGGGCAUCUUCACCAACCAACACCGAACUCGACUGGAAACACACACAAGUAUACUCAGACUUUCCUCCAGAGUUCCCCCACCUCCUUCUCAAAAUGUCCGUGGGCAGUGACUUUGGAAACCCUUUAAGAAAAUUCAAACUGGUCUUUCUGGGGGAGCAGAGUGUUGGAAAGACGUCUCUGAUCACCCGGUUCAUGUAUGACAGCUUUGACAACACGUAUCAGGCCACAAUUGGAAUUGACUUCCUGUCGAAAACCAUGUACUUGGAAGAUCGAACGCCUCCUCAGCUUUCUGUCUGUGAACCCCAGGUGAGGCUGCAGCUGUGGGACACGGCGGGGCAGGAGCGCUUCAGGAGCCUCAUCCCCAGCUACAUCCGGGACUCCACCGUGGCCGUGGUGGUCUACGACAUCACAAAUGUUAAUUCAUUCCAGCAGACAUCAAAAUGGAUCGAGGAUGUGAGAACAGAGAGAGGAAGUGAUGUCAUCAUUAUGCUGGUUGGCAAUAAAACAGACCUGUCCGAUAAGAGGCAAAUCACAAUUGAGGAAGGUGAACAGAGGGCUAAAGAUCUGAGCGUCAUGUUCAUAGAGACCAGCGCCAAGACGGGUUACAACGUCAAACAGCUGUUUCGGCGCGUGGCAGCUGCUCUCCCGGGAAUGGAAAGUAUGCAGGAAUCAAGCAAAGAAGGGAUGAUCGACAUCAAGUUGGGCAAACCGCAGGAGCCUCAGACUACUGAAGGAGGCUGCUCCUGUUAAUACUCAGCCUCAUCCUGGGAUAAACACAUCAUCUACACCACAUGCUUGUUAUGUUGCUUCCUAUUGGUUAACCUGCAGUUGACUUCUGCAAGUUGUGAAUCUGGCCUCCUCACCUGACUGUCAGUCACCGGUUGGAACUAACAAUAUGUGAAUUUGGUUUUAAAGUAGUUUAGUCUACUAUGUAAAUGAAACUGCCAUAAAGUCUGACAUCUUGCAAAAAAGAAAGUACAAAAGACAAAGAUGUGAAACAAUCAAACAAGUUAUUUUAUGUGGAUACUUUUUUUUUAAGUAAAAAAGGAAGUCUCCCCAGUUUCUGUUUUAUAUUUUUGUAUAUUCAGGGAAAUCUCUCUGGAAAGGUUGUUUUUUUGAAAGAUGCAAACAAAGCUCUUUUUUGAGGGCUUGAUAAGAGCAGAUGGUUUUGGAUGUAUGUUUAUGGAUCCCACUAUUGUUACAGGCAAACAUAGAAUUCCUCCCAACACUAUUGCAGUAAAUGUAUUCCUGUCCUAACCUCCGACCAGGCUGUGCCACGAAAUGAUCCAACGGCCCAAUCUUCAAAAACACAAUUUUUUUCCACCAAUCAAAAAUGCCCACUGCAAAUAAACAAGAAAAUGAACUCAAAUGAAAUGAUCAAGUCCAGGCAAGAGUCCUUUCUGUGCAUUGUAUUCCUAAAGGUUUACCUCUCUUCCCUGGGCCUGUCCUCUGGUCUCCUCGUGUUUACCCUGAUAAAUCAAACUGGUGCUCUCCACCACCACCUGUCUCCAAUAUAUACAAUUACACCAGGUGCCCAAAUACACCUUCAAAAUAAAAGCUUAAAACUACUUUAACUAACUAAUAAUAACACUAAAUAACAUUACAUUACUCACAAAAACAAUGAGAAAUUAAAUGUUUAGCUAUUCAAUCAUAUACAUCAAAAUAUAGCUCUAACAGGACAUGUUUCAAACUAUUAGGAUUUCCUAGUAAUUGGUCUUUGUGCCAAUGGGCAGCCCUACACAUUGUCAAUAUUCCCCGUAUACAUACACUUAAGGAUCUUUUUACUCAAACAACCAGUUUUAUCCUUUCAGCCUCCAGUCCAUAACCCCUGUGGGAUCCAUAACUGUGCAAACAGGAAGUGGUCAGCAACAUCUUGAGUAUAUAAUGCAUGCCUUGUCUUUGAGCAUAGGUACUGUCUACCAGUGAACACAAUAUGUACAUUUACACCAGUGACUUAAUGCACUCUCAUGAUGACUGUCUUUUUGUUGAUGUCUAACUGGAUUUGUAUACUUGACAUCAGAAUAUCUCUUUGUCAUGUGUGUGUGUAAAUGUGUGCUUUCUGUAUAGGCAACAUUAGAAUGCAGUUCUAUAGAGGGCCACUUCCAAGUCGUUUCAAUUGCCACAUAAAGGCUUCAUAAUAGGUCUCCCCCCUCACAACAACAUGACGUGGCAUUGUGUGAUUCUGGUGGUCUGCACAGUGGAGAAUCACAGAGGAACAGGAGCUGCAGACUGAUCUCACACACACGUAAUCCAGUUCCAUUCCUGACAGAAGACUUAUUUGCACGUGUAGACCUUUCAGGUGAAUAUGAAGCACCGUAAAGCUUCAUAGUAAAUGUAAAGUCACUUAAUCCAAGAGCUGUGUGAGUGUCACGUGUCCCACUUCUUUGCUGCUUGUGUUUAAACUGACAAAUGACGUUAUGCAAUGUUGUUUCAUUUUGUUCUUUUGUUUCAGAGCCAGGUAUCAUAAAACACUGGCGCUGGAGUCAGACGCUAUUGAGAACACUACUUUUGAUUUGACUUGAAGUGAAAUCUUACUGCACUUUUGAAGAACAUGGUUUAUUAUUUAUAGUGACGAUGUAAGUCCUAGACACAUGGUCAAAAUAAUCUUAAUGUACAGAACAGUUGGAGUCCUGUGUUUUAGAGUAGACUCGUUAAUUGUUCACACAUUGUUGUCCAAAAAGGAAGCACUCUUGUAAAAACUGGUGAACCUUUCUAGCCCACAUAAAGAGCCAAAUAAUAAUAAGAGAUCCAACAUGGCAGGAGAGAUUGGUUUUGGGAAUGAGAAGGUUUCUUUUCAAUUUAUAAUUGCUGAAAAUGAAAGUGAUAAUAUAAGCCUCUGUUGCUGCCUAUUUAUUAUCUCAAACAGGAAUGUACUGCUCUCAUUACCCACCACUCAGCCUUGUAAGGAGAGCACUUUAAAAAUCACUCAAUGGGUAUUUAUUUUUAAAUUAGGACAAAUGAUCAAUCAGUUCAUUAGACGUCCCUUUGUAUUUAUUCCCUUAAAGAAGAGUCCCUUUUAGAGUCCCAUCUCAGCAGUCCCUGGGAAUGGACCCGGUGUCUCUGCAUGUCGGUGGGGUGUUCCCGGGGUGUGUGUGUGUGUGUUCUGCUCUCAUUCAACUGUACAGAGAUCUAGCAUGUCUCUCCAAAUGAUUAAUAAAGAUGUCUUAUUAAUUACCAAA